CUUAACCGGGGAAAUUUUGAAACCAAUGACUGGCAAUAAAGUUGUUUAUGUAAAAGUGCAUUUGUUUGGAAAGGCGUUAGUUAACUGGUUUUCUUGUCAUUUCACUACACGGGAUUAACAUUUUACUGUCCUUUAGACAGCUCUAGUUAGUUUGAACGCUUUACCAUGUCUAAUGACGGUCCAUCUAUGCCGGAAGAGCUACAAACUGAAGCAGCAGGAGAUACAACAGUGGAUAAAAUGAUGUCGACACCAGAUUCAAUUAAUUUAAAUGAAAAUGGACAGAACAAGAAAAUAAAAAUGGACUUGGAGUCAAAUGUCGAUUUGGAAGAUGUUUCAAAAGUGGAUUUCAGACAAACUGUCGUCAGUAUAACACAAGGACUUUUCCGUAAUGAGGAGGAAGAUGAUGAUGAUGAUGAUGAUGAUGAUGACGAAGACAGCGGAACGGACUACUUCCACGCUGAUACGGCUGGUACUCAGUUGCAACGUGCUGAACGCAUAGGAGAUAAACCCCUUCCAGACACAUUUCAGACAAAUCAUUUGCUCUAUUACGAGAGGUUCAAAGCCUAUCAGGACUACAUGUUAGGUGAUUGUAAAACAUCAGAAGUAAAGGCCUUCACAGCUGACUACCUGGAGAAGGUGGUGGAGCCAUGCGACUGGCAAGCAUUAUGGUGCACAGAUGUGUUUGAUGUGCUGGUGGAGGUGGAGGAUGUGAACUAUAAGGAGCUAAAAGCCAAAGUGAAGCUGGUGGUGCCCAUGCAGUGUGAGACUAGAGGCUGUGACCUGACAGAGGAGGCCAUGAACACACUCCUGGAGGCCACUCUGCACAAAGUGCCUCUACAGGAGCUCCAUGUGGUGUUCAACGAGUCUGGGGAAUUUGAUCAGACCGUACUGGCCCUGGAACACCUCAGGUUUUUCUACAAACACAUCUGGAGAAAGUGGGACGACGAAGACGAGGAUGAUGACUUUGACUACUUUGUCAGAUGUGUGGAGCCUCGCCUCAGGCUGUAUUAUGACAUUCUGGAGGAUCGUGUGCCUGCUGGUCUUGUGGCCGAGUACCACUCUCUGUUGGCACGCUGCUCCGAGAAGUUCCAGGAGUUUUCUAGCCUGCGGAAUGGCAUCAGCAGCGACUCGGAGUCGGAGCUGGACAACGUGUCCAUGGUGGAGGGCCUGAGGAUGUACGAGCAGAUGGAGUCCCUGAAGCGCAAACUCCGGAUCAUCGAGAACCCGCUGCUCAGGUAUGUGCUUGGCUACAGGGGGAACUCUGGGCAGCAGUCGUGCAGGGCCAAGGGGCCUCGAGCCUCAGGAACCCGGAUUGUCCACGUUGUGUCUGUCUCCACCACGGUCAGCCAGCUGCAGAACCUGAUGACCGAAAAGCUGGGACUGGAAUUUUUAGGGGAUGAGUUCGAAGUGCAGUUUCACAGUGACCCCCUGUUGGCCGUGGGUGCCUGCUAUGAGCGAGACGUGAUCAUCAUCCUACCGGGGCACUACAACGUCACCAGCUCCAUCAGCAUCCCAGACUCCAUAACUGUGGAAGGAUUCGGCCUACCUGACGAGGUGGUGAUCGAAAAGAAGAACAAAGGCGACUCGUUUGUGGAGUCAACUGGAGCCGAUGUGAAGAUCUCCAAUGUCAAGUUCAUCCAGCACGACGCUAUCGAAGGCAUUCUCUGUGUACGCCAGGGUAAGCUGGAGUUGGAGAACUGCGUCCUGCAGUGCGAGACGACGGGCAUCAUUGUGCGGACAUCGGCUCACUUAGCCAUGAACAUGUGUGACCUCUACGGCUCUAAGGGAGCAGGUUUGGAGAUUUAUCCUGGCAGUGUCUGCAGUAUGGUGGGAAGCAGCAUACACCACUGCAAGGAAGGCAUCCUGAUCAAGGACUUUGCUGAUGAGCUGGACACCAUGCCUGAGAUCACCAUGGUGAACAACGUGAUCCACAACAACGAGGGAUACGGUGUCAUCCUGGUCAAGCCGACCGAGGCGGCUGCUGUACAGGGCAAAGAUGAGCAGCUGGAUGAAGAGGAGCGGAAAGAGGAGAUGGAGGGUGAGCAGGGGAAAGUGCAGGUGGACGUGCCCCACGUUGUGGUGGACCAGUCUUUGGUGAAGGAGGUGCAUUCGUCUUGUUACGCUGUUCCUCCAGAGUUCACAGAGGGCAACGACGCCAUCAAGAGGGAGCUGGUGGCCUCCUCGGCCAAGAAGCAACGAUCCCAGAAGAGCAGGAUGAAGGAGCUGCAAGUGACCCAAGCUGAUGACAACCUACUGUCCCAGGAGAUGUUUGUGUCCAUCCAGGGCAACCAGUUCAGGAGGAAUGGCAUGGGCAGUUUUGGCACCUUCCUGUACUGAGACUGCUAACCCAGCCUCUGGUCCAUCAGGCCAUACAUGCACAAUCACACUUUUACUUUUUUUAUUGUUGUACCCUCUUAAUGUUUGUUUUUGCCGUAAUGACGAUCAAGAUGGAUAUGUGUAUUUUCAAUGCUUUUUAGGAUGGCUUUUAAUAAAAAUUCUCAUUUUAGUAGACUUAAUAAAGUGAAUUAUGGUGAAGAUUAGUGUUGAAUUGCACGUUUACACUAAAUGCUGUUGAAUUGUUUGUUUUUUGAGUUGGUUAUGCUUUUGAAAAUAUAUUGUAUAUUUCUUUUUCAAAUAUAGUGAACCUAACACUUUUUUUUCUUAUUGGGGUUUGGGGAAAUUCACGUUGCCUUUUUUUAAUGUCACACUUUCACCUCUGUAUCUGAUCAUUUAUUUAUCACAUGAUGACGAAAGCACUCUGUAAACAUUCAAAACCAUGAACUAAUAAAAUGGGGAUUUCUGUUCUGA